AUCUCUGUUAAGUUGGAUUCGAGUCUUCGCUAAAACGUUAUGUGUUGUCUAUGCUCGCCACAGGACCAAGGCAGUAUUUAGGUUAAAAAUUUUUCAAGCGUCGAUUGAUUUAAUUGACUACGAGAUAGAGAAUUUCUGGAAACUCGACAACCUCCCUAUUCCGCAACCAAUCAACAUGCUUGAACAAUUUCACAUAUGACAAAUAAAAAAAGUAUCAAUACAGCCAUGUUGGAGCUGGAAAGAGCGCAUCGCACAAAUAAUGUUUGUCACAUGUCUUUUUCCAUGUCCAUAAACAGUUUCAGAGCAAUUUGGAGCAAUGAGGGUGUUGGAGCUGUACAGCGGUAUCGGAGGAAUGCAUUAUGCGCUCCGUGAGAGUGGAAUUACGGCGAGAGUCGUCGCAGCAGUUGAUAUAAAUCCUGUUGCAAACGAUGUUUACUGUCAUAAUUUUCCGGAAACUGUUCUUAUGAAUAGAAAUAUACAGUCUAUUAGUGCACAGGAAUUAAAUAAAUUGAAUGUGGACGUUAUAUUUAUGAGCCCUCCAUGUCAGCCCUUUACCAGAUUAGGAUUAAAGAAGGAUGCUCUUGAUAACAGAACUUGUUCCUUGUUACACAUUUUGAGCUUGAUACCAGAAUUAAAAAGUUUAAAGUACAUUUUGCUAGAAAAUGUUAAAGGUUUCGAAACAUCUCAAAUGAGAGACAAGCUAGUAGAUUGUAUAGAAAGUUGUGGAUAUGCCUACAGAGAAUUAAUAAUAAGUCCAUGUCAAUUUGGUAUACCAAACAGUAGACACAGAUAUUACUUGCUGGCGAAAAGGAAUAAUUUGAAAUUCUGUUUCAACCAGUCCUCCCUGGAAAAUAAUUUGCUGCCUGAAUUAUUUGAGUUACUGCCAAAGAGUAAGCACUUGGUGCUAGCAGAGAAGAAAGGUAAAAUUAAUAAAAAAUCUGGCAGAUUGUGUUAUACAUUGGAAAAUAUUUUGGAAAAUGUUGAAGAAUCAAAAUAUUUGGUACCUUCCAAAUUAUUGCAAAAGAGAGCAUGGGUGUUGGAUAUACGAACAUUUGAGAGCAACGGUUCCUGUUGCUUCACCAAGGGAUAUGGUAAUUACGUGGAAGGUACAGGAUCUGUGUAUUGCCCAUUUACAAACGAAAUGGUUAAAUUGAAAUAUAACGAAGUUGGCAGUCACCAGAAUGAUUUGGGCAAGCAGAUGCAGAUUUUGUUAGAUUUAAAACUCAGGUUUUUUUCCCCUAAAGAGGUGUGUCGAUUAAUGUGUUUUCCAGAAGAUUUUAAUUUUCCAAAACAUAUUACAGAUAAACAGAAGUACCGACUGUUAGGAAAUUCAAUAAAUAUUCACGUAGUUAGUAGAUUGAUACUUUUAUUGUAUACUGAAAAUAAAGAUGUAUAAAAAAAUCA